AUGCCGCUUGGGGAGGUGAAAGAGGAGCCAGUGGAGAAAGAGAAGGAAGAGGAAGAAGAUGAAUUGGAAUCUGGAGACGGAAGCGAAUGCAGUAGUCCCCCUUCUCCCAAUCCUUCCCAACACAAACACAAUGGCCAUCUCAACUUCCUUCCGCUUCACCAAGCACCUAAACGAAAUAACUCCCUAUACGAGGGAGUGAAUGAUGGAAGCCUAUUCGGUCCCGAUUUAGAAGGACUGAAGAAGCGGAAAGUGCACAAGUGUGACUUCCACGGCUGUGAUAAGGUCUAUACAAAGAGCUCUCAUCUCAAAGCUCACAAACGGACCCAUACCGGCGAGAAGCCGUACGAAUGCACGUGGGAGGGGUGUACGUGGAAAUUCGCUCGAAGCGACGAGUUGACCCGACAUUACAGGAAGCACACGGGACAGAAACCCUUCCAGUGUCGACUGUGUCAAAGAUCUUUCUCGCGCUCUGAUCAUCUUUCUUUGCACAUGAAAAGACACUGACAGCUCCACGCAGCAGCUUGCUUUGUGAUAUGUGAUUUAUUGAAUCCCUUCCCCCCCCCCCCCCUUAUUCCAUGUUCUAUGCCUGCCCCACUCCUUUUCCAGUUCAAGUUUUGCUGGCAUGAUUCAAAGUCUUGAACAAGAAUUGAUUAUUCUUUGCACCUUCCCGUUGACCCA